GGUACUUGCGACAAGCUCUAAACAGUGAAACGUCGCUUCAAUUGAGCUUGUGUGUCCUUUUUUAUUCGACCCUCUCCCUCCCCUUUUCUACAUAAUCUUGUUUCUUGUUUUAUCUCUUUGUACAAAUAAAGGGAACAACUUCUCCAGGUAUUCGAGAAGUCAUCCUAUACCAAUUCCCUUCCAUACCUAUUCCAUUGGUGCUGAUAGUACCGUCAUUUCACAAUGUUCAACCUCCGCCGACUCUUCGUCAGCGCUCUGCUGCUAGUGGGUGUAAGCGUCAUCUGCUUCUCCCAGACGGCUGCCGCUGCCAAGGGCCCCAAGAUCACCCACAAGGUUUAUUUCGAUAUCACGCACGGCGAUGAACCCCUCGGACGCAUUGUCAUGGGUCUUUACGGCAAGACCGUGCCCAAGACCGCCGAGAACUUCCGAGCUCUUGCUACUGGUGAGAAGGGUUUCGGUUACGAGGGUUCUACUUUCCACCGAGUCAUCAAGUCGUUCAUGAUCCAGGGUGGUGACUUUACCAAGGGUGAUGGUACUGGUGGCAAGUCGAUCUACGGCGAGAAGUUCCCCGAUGAGAACUUCAAGCUAAAGCACUCCAAGGAGGGUCUUUUGUCCAUGGCAAACGCUGGCAAGGACACCAAUGGCUCUCAGUUCUUCAUCACCACCGUCAUCACCUCGUGGCUCGACGGCAAGCACGUUGUCUUCGGUGAGGUUCUUGAGGGUAUGGACAUCGUAAAGAAGAUUGAGGCCGUCAAGACCAAGCCAGGCGACAAACCAGAACAAACUGUCAAGAUUGCUAAGAGCGGAGAGCUCGAGGUGCCCCCUGAAGAUAACACUCAAGGUCAUCCCGAGUGGGCUGCAGGUUACUCGACCGAAGAAACUACGAACCCGUUUGCAGGGACUGCAGCUCCCUCGGCUGGGUACUCUGUCCUACAGAAGGCCCUGCUUUUCGUCGUCGUCAUUGGCGCUGUUGCAUUCUACGUCCGCUGGUCAACACGGAGGAGCGAGCGAGACGACGCUGCUUACGAGAAGACGAUGGUUUAGAUUCUUUGAUAUAUAGUCAUAAAAACCAAAUACAUGACGAAUUUGGAUUUUACGAUGUUUAAUAUGUGUAUCAUAUAUGUGAAAUGUAUUUGUUCUUGGUGUUUUGUCCAUCACGUGUGGUUUACUGAAACUGUAAAUUGUAGAAUUUGGCACCGGUCCAAUUGGAUAAGUACA